UCUUCCGCCUCGUCUUCGGCCUCGUCCUCGGCCUCGUCCUCUGCCUCGUCUUCGGCCUCGUCCUCCGCCUCGUCACGGUCCUCGGCCUCGUCCUCGGCCUCGUCCUCGGCCUCGUCCUCGGCCUCGUCCUCGGCCUCGUCCUCGGCCUCCGCCUCGUCUUCGGCCUCGGCCUCGUCCUCCGCCUCGUCACGGUCCUCAGCCUCGUCCUCCGCUUCGUCUUCGGCCUCGGCCUCGUCCUCCGCCUCGUCCUCCGCCUCGUCACCGUCCUCGGCCUCGUCCUCGACCUCGUCCUCGGCCUCGUCUUCGGCCUCGUCCUCCGCCUCGUCACCGUCCUCGGCCUCGGCCUCGACCUCGUCCUCGGCCUCGUCUUCGGCCUCGUCACGGUCCUCGGCCUCGUCCUCGGCCUCGUCCUCGGCCUCGUCCUCGGCCUCGUCUUCGGCCUCGUCCUCGUCCUCCUUCUCGGCAUCGGUACGGACUCGACGACGUGGUAUUGGAAGAAAUCGAAGCAGAC